GUGAGAGUUAGGGUUGGGGGACUCACAGAAAGUUGCGCUGCCUGUUUGCCCUGCGAAGAGAAGGCUUCAUGGACCAGGAGAGUUUUGAGGUUGUGGUCUCGGCGUCAUGGCUCUGAAUAUGCUGCAUCAUCGUGUGUAUUCGCCAGUCUGGGAACCUGCGUGAUGUUAUGAUGUUUCUUUGGAAUGUCUCUAGGACUUCAAGUCUGGUGCGUGUUUCUAGAAUGGUGAUGGGACUGAUUAAGAUUGUGCUGUUAGGCUGGAGCAUGCUCCGUCUGAUGUUCGGGCAGGGUCGAGGUCGGACUCGUCUGAUGUUUGAGGUGGAUGGUGUGUUGCGAUUGGGUCAGACUGUUGGUUUGAUCGUCUGGAGUUUUCCAGACAGCCAGGGUACUGGGGAGCGCAGCGGAUUGGGGGCGUCCGUCGUCUGAUCUCCGCGUGGGGCGGGCUGGGAGCGUAUGAUGGCUUCUGCAGAUUUGGACAGAUGUCGUGUUUGUUUUGAUUUGCUAUUCCAUUACAUCACCAAAAGAGAGGUUCGCCUGUGUAGUGCAACUUGUGUUGCUAUCUUGCAGGUGCUUUAAUCAAGUGUUGACUGAUUGGUACUGAAAUUUUCGUGGUAGAAGACCGAUCCUGAUGAAUGAUUUCUAGGUCCGCUUUCUUUUAAAACGUAGGAUGGGAUAGUGAGAAGAAACCUUCAGGAUUUGAGGGGAGCAUUGCCGCAAAGCUGGCGAGUACAGUUGCUAAAUUGUCGACUUUGGAGUUGACUGGGA